AUGAUCCAAGAAGUUUAUAGCCAGAUUUUGAGAGAAGGUUUAUUGAAAGGACCAGCCGGGUCCCCGGUAGCUCAGUGUACUGCCUUUGGCUGGAUAGUGUCUGGAACAGUGCGCGCCGCGGGAGUAGAUAAUCAAAUAUCCGUUUUCCAUACACAGGUGGAGGACAAUGAAAUAAUAAAAAGAUUUUGGGAAUUGGAAAAUGAGCCUUUAUUAAGUUCACAGAUUUUAACAAAAGAAGAACAGAGGUGUGAAGACUUGUUCUCAGCCACGACGCGUAGAGAUGAAACUGGAAGGUACGUCGUGAAGUUGCCAUUUCGCGAUGAGGAGUCGACCUGGAACAAUGGGAACUCUCGUGAGAUAGCAAUAAAAAGGUUAAAAGCUUUAGAAAGAAAGUUCACAAAAGAUAAGGUACUAAAGGAGAGAUAUACGGAAGUGAUAAAUGAAUACUUACAGUUAGGUCAUAUGGUGCCUGUACCAAAUCAAGAGAUUAGUAAACAAAGAUCAGCUUACCUGCCCCAUCAUGCAGUCGUCAGAGAGGAUAAGAUAACCACAAAGGUCAGGGUGGUCUUCGAUGCGUCCUCCAAAAAUGAAGACGGCGUGUCAUUGAAUGACAACUUGAUGGUUGGGCCUACACUGCAGCCAGACCUGCGACAUUUGAUCAUGAGUUGGAGGAAACAUCCAGUAUGUUUAAUUGCUGACAUCGUUAAGAUGUACCGAAUGGUGAGAGUAGCAGAAGAAGAUUGCGAUUUUCAACGCAUAGUGUGGAGAAGUUCGCCGGAAAAUGAUAUACGGGACUACAAGUUACUUACUGUCACGUUCGGCACAGCUUCAGCGCCUUAUUUAGCAGUCAGAAGUUUAAAUCAAGUCGCCACAGAUCAUAAAGAAGAGUACCCAAUGGCAUCAGAGAAAGUCGCAAGGGAGUUUUAUAUGGAUGAUCUGAUGACCGGGUGCGAGACCAUAGAGGAGGGUACAAGAUUAUAUCAGGAGAUGAAGGAACUAUUAAAGAAAGGUGGAUUCAUUCUACAAAAGUGGUCAAGUAACAAAGAUGAAUUACUACAGAUAAUAGAUGACUCAGGAAAUGGAGAAAAUAACAAGCAGGACAAAGCUUUAGAAUUUAAACAGGACAACAUAGUAAAGAUAUUAGGACUCACCUGGAAUAGAAGUCGCGAUGAAUUUCAAUACUCGGUGAAGCUGCCUCCGUUGUCUGCACCUGUAACAAAAAGAAAAAUUAUAUCCGACGUUUCGCGGUUAUUCGACCCCCUGGGGUGGAUAGCUCCGUGCGUAAUAAAAGCUAAGAUAUUCAUUCAGCGAUUGUGGAUAGCAGGGACAGAAUGGGAUGAGGAACCACCAUCAAGCAUCUUAGAAGAUUGGUAUACUUACCGCAAUGAACUGGCUCAACUUACUAACUUCAGUAUUCCGCGGUGGAUGUUCACAAAGGCAGAUGACGUCGUCACCGAAUUGCAUGGCUUCUCGGACGCAUCCAAUGUCGCCUAUUCUGCGGUUGUUUAUUUGCGCGUUAUAAACGCAAAUUCAGACGUCCAUGUCGUCCUAGUUAGCGCUAAAACCAGAGUGUCACCCGUUCGGCAAGUCAGCAUUCCACGUUUGGAGCUCUGUGGUGCUGCCCUGCUGACUAAGCUGUUGGUUGAGGUAGCUGGGGUUUUGAAUAUUCCCAGGACCGAUAUAAGAGCUUGGACUGAUUCCUCAGUAGUAUUAGCAUGGCUAAAUAAACAUCCAAGUAACUGGAAAACGUUCGUAGCGAACCGAAUUUCUGAAAUCCAUUCCAAAUUGGAAUCCUCGCAAUGGUUUCAUGUCUCCACGAAGGACAAUCCAGCUGAUUGUGCUUCGCGAGGAGUUCAGCCAUCGGAGCUUGCAGAAUUAGGGCUGUGGAAGUUCGGUCCGAAGUUUCUAUGGAAUAAGGACAUAGCAUACAACAGGUUAAAGAACAACGAGACCAAUCAAGAGCAAUCUUUAAGAGUUCACAUUGCUACGAACUUUGUGAAACAGACCGUUAUAAAGGAGAUCAUCGAUUCAGCACCCGGAGGAAAAACCAUCGCGUAUAUGUUUGACAACAACCACCUAUCCAAGCAAGAGCUGACUUUGAAAAUUCCCGGAAAAAGGGGACAAGGUCGCCCACGUACCACCUGGAAGCGCACAAUGGAAAAGAAGGCUGCAUCAGUUGGCCUCGGCUGGGCGGAGCUGGAGGAGGCCGCGCUGGAAAUCCAUUCUAAGAGCCCUAUGUCCCUGAUGAGGGAUAACAGGAUACCAUAA